GAGCUUCAGGCGGCGCUGUGUGAGCUGGCGACGGACACCGAAAUCUCUCCACGACGGCUUCCCUAACGUCUUAAAUCAACGCGGCAAUGACCACACUUUCACUAUAACGUCUCCGUGUCACAUCCAGAUCUAACAAUGUGAUUGUGAUCGGAGGCAGCUGCACUCCAAUGGUCGAGGACCACUCCUCACUUCACUAGAAUGUACUUGAUGAACGUACCUCCUGUCGCAGCGACACAAACAGAAUGGAGAGCAUGUGGCCCACCUGGAGGCUAUAGCCUUCCGAUCUGCUUCAAUGACUCUGACACUGAGUUGUCCACCAGAGCCGCACCUAUCUCCGAUAAGGUCCAGAUGAUCAUAGAGAGCCUUAGGAGCUCCCAGUCCUCACUCGAGAUGGGCGACGAGAUCGAGGGUAUUGUGCCACCAGGACAGGAAGGGCAUUCCCAAGUCUGUAAGGUCGCAGUGGGUCCUUAUGUGGGAGCGAAGACCAAAACUAAAGGUCCCACAGAAAACCAACAGGUAGAUGUUUCCUCCCCAAACAACCAUGCGAGCAGUGACUCUGACAGCGAUGAUUCUGUGGACAGAGGGAUUGAGGAGGCAAUCCUGGAAUACCUGAAAGAAAAGGAUGAUCACAAACGCAAGGGGGAACCAUGUUUCCCCUUUCUCCAAUCAUCCAAAAUUCCCAGGAAUAGCCCACCUCUGCCCGAGGUUUCCAAACAGAACUCUGACAGCAAUACAUUUUUGAUUGCUAGUAGCCAGUUUCCAAAAAGUGUCAAGGCUGAGGCUCCCACUGGACCAGCUCUUAUACCUUUAAAAAAGUAUAUUAAAAACAAAGCGGCCCUAAAUGAUAACACAGUAAAGAAAUUGGAUUUAAGUAAUAGUACAACCACAAGUUUAGUCUUGCCCAGAGAGCAGACAAAGAGCCCCUCUAAAACAAUCAGCCUCCUCAACAAAGUAAAGAGCCCGGUCACCAUCAAGGUGGAGGAAGACUCAAAUGAUUCCAGUAGUGAUGACGGCAUUGAGGAGGCCAUCCAAAGGUACCAGUUAGAAAAAAAGGAGCAGCAGAGUAAAAGGGAAAUGUUCAAUCCACAUGCACUCAAGGAGGAAUCUGACUCCACUAGCGAUGAUGGGAUUGAAGAAGCAAUUCGCUGCUACCAGCUUGAGCAACUCAAAGAGAAGAGUGCCCUGAAGCCAUUCUUACACAAGCAAAAGCCCUUAAGUAAAUCAUUAAUACAUGCUGUUGGAAGUACAAGUACGGAAAAUAUGAAGAAACACAGACUGAAAAAGAAAAAGACCAGAGCAGAGAAAGAAGUAAAAUCUGUUCAGCCACCUCCGUCUGUUUUUACACCCAAAAAUACACUUUCCGAGUGUUCAAAGAGUAAAGGAAACGGAUUGCUUUUGUUCAAAGUAGAAGGUUUUAAGGAGCAACUUACCCCUGCCCCUCCAAAGGUUAAUACAACUGCAGAGCUCAUGUGUGCUGAGGCAAUACUGGACAUAUCAAAAACGGUUAUGCCCGGGGCUUUCCAUCAUGGUGUCGGCCUUAGCAGUUGUGCUCCCACUGAAUCUUCCAUGCAAUCUUCAUUGCCUGAGAACUGCCCAGAUGAAGACAGCGAUGGCAGUUCCAUUGAUAGUGAAGAUGGCAUAGAGCAAGAAAUCAGGAAAUUUCUUGAGCAGAAGGCCCAAAUGCACAAACAGCCACCCACUGCCAUGACUCAAGAGCCUCAAAGUGCAAAUGAACCAGAGAAAGUGAAAGUAAGACAAGUCCCAACCCAAAAGAAACCUCAGCGAUUGUCUUUAACACAGAAAAGAAAACACAAAGAGGAAAACUGUAGCAUUUCUAGGAAAGCAGGGACAGAUAACAGUGUUAAAGAAACAGCCCCUAAACCUUCACCUGAGCAUGGACAAGAAUCCAGCCUAUUGGUGUUUUCUCAGAGAAGUUCAGCACACCUAAUAGCUGGAUUACGCAAUACAGAGGAAAGUGGAGACAAGAGCAGCUCACUUGACAGUGAUGAGGACCUAGACACUGCUAUAAAAGAUCUGCUCAAGACAAAAAAGAAGUUAAAGAAAAAAAACAGAGAUUUAAAGCGAAAAUCAAGGAUGUGCCUCAAAGAUGAAGAACCACUGCAGGGGAAUACUUUAGAGACCAAAAAGUUGAAACAUGAUCCUUUUUCCAAGCGCAGUUCUUUGAAAAAAGUAGACAAGAGUAAAGAUGACACGAAAGAUAAGUCUGGAUUGAAUAAAAAGAGCUUUUUACAACUUAAACAAACUAAUAAGAGUAAAGAGCAUGACAUUUAUGAAGGUGAAACAGCAACUGUGGGUCAAGACACCCUGUUGCCACACAAUACUCAGACUGCUCUUGAGAUAAAGGAAGAUAGCAGUUCAGUAGACAGCGAUGAUAGCAUUGAGCAAGAGAUUAGAAGGUUUCUGGCCGAAAAGGCCAAAGCAGAGAAAAGUAAAGAUGGCGAUGUAUUGAGGAAUGGUACCAUUGUGGUUCGAACCCCACUUCAAGAUGAAGACAUUAAACAGGAAAAUCAGCUGGCUGAAAUUUCCAGAAAAAGUAUCAGUCCUCUUUCUGGACAGUCUCCUUUGAGGAGUCAGCCUCUUCCAACGCCACAGAGUUUGCCACCAGACAUCUGUACCAUCCGUGCACAAUCACGUCUCUCGUCAAUGCAGUCCUGCAGCCCAAAUCUUUUGGAGCCAGCAGACGGAGCGGGGGCUGCUAGAACUGAACAAAGGAGGCUUAGCUCCGGGAGAAGUGACGUCCAGGAUGCCAGCCCGCAGACAGAGAGCGUUCGGCCAGUUUUGAGUCCUAGCAUUGCUCAUUCUCGCUCGGAGUCAAUGAAGUGGCGCCAGAGCUUUGGACUUCCACCGACUGACACAAGGACUCUUAGUCGAACUCCAUUCCAUAUCACCUCAUCUAAAAUCAGUGAGACUCCAUCAACAACUCCACCAUAUCAAAGUGGGGGCCCCAAUUCACAGACUCCAGUCGCUGGUUGGUCCUCUGCAAGGACCAGCAAAGCACCUUUCCACUGCUCUGCAGAGACAAAUGUAAAUACCACGUUCAGAUCCCCUGUUAUGAAUUUUUUGUCCACUGCCAGGCCGCAUCCAAGGAUGUCCUUUGCACGGAGCUUUGCACCCAGCAACAGGUCACAGUGCCCUAUAGAAGGAGAGAUCGAGAGUAUGGUGCAUAUUUCCAAGGACAAGAGCGUGUUUGUCGAACUGGAAUCUAAUAGGACCAACCAUGUCCAGGUUCGAAGCAGGGAAAGGAUCGAGGGAAAGGAGAGAAUGGACUUGCUAAGUGAGAUAAAAAGAGAAGGCGAGAGCAUGAAGAUAGAUGAUAAAGAAAAACAUCUAGAAAGAACAGAGGAAGAAUUUAUAGACGAGGCAGAUUGUGAGUCAGACAGCAGGAGAAAUCCAGAGAAGAAGCAGGGCUUUUCCACUGUGUCUUUGUCCAGUGCCAUUGACCCUGGCAUCACCAUCAGACCUUGCAUAGCUCUCACCACAGAGGAGAGAAGCAGAAUGUUCAACAGGAGGUUCCUGCCUGAAAAAUGCAAGAAGGGGGUACCCUCUCACAGCAGUGCUCCUGCACAGAUCAGGACGUUGAAACAUGUCAAAAGAAAACUUAAGUUCGUUCCAGUCAGCAGGAGAGAUGAAGCCCGCCCCCAUUACCACAACAUACAAGGAUAA